AUUUUGAAUGUUCAAAAAGUGUCCUUUCUGGUUAUUCUGUAGUCUGUACUUCUGACACUUCUGUAAUCUGUAGUACGACGAUAACUUCAGUUGGCGCGUGACAAGUUAUCGGAUUUAUAAUCUCGAUAUAUUCAAAAACUUAAACUGAAAUGUUUGGUAUCCUGAAAAGUCAUUAAGCGUAUUGGAUUAUUUUUAAUAUCCGUAUAGACUUUAGAAAAUCUUAGUCAAGUGCAUCGGACUACGACGAUGAGUAACGUGGGCACAUUUGCGGAAUUUAUCGGUAGCAAGGUAAAUAAGGUGAGAUGGAAGCCAGAUGACCUGAUGGCAUCGACAAUGUUUGUUACCGGUUCAUGGGACAACGAAAAGGACAACGCAUUGGAUUUGUGGGAACUGACUUCAGAAAACGAAAAUUAUGCCAAAGAUUUCCCUCCAAAACUUUUGGAUCGUGUACAGCAAAACGGAAAUGUUACACAAAUUAGAUUUUUAGACAACAAGUUUGUAGCUGUUAGUACUGACAAUGGAUCAGUUAAAGUAUAUCGUAUCAUUGGCGAGAAUGAAGAUUCUAAUAUUCGUCUUAAUGAAGUCAUGGCUUGGGAAACACUGCAUUCAUUUGGUAAAGGACAGAGAUGUUCUUGCAAGGAUCUUGCUGUAUGUAACUAUACAUUGGCAACCGUUGGUGAUGAUUAUAAACUUAAUGUCAUAUCAUUAAACACUAAACAAAUUCAUCAAGUUUUAGAAGGCAUAAGUAGCUCACCUUUAACGUGCAUUUGUUUCUUAACUGAUGCUGAAGUUCUAUGCUGCAAUUCACUAAGCCAAAUGAAACUUUGGGAUUUACGAGUUGCUACAAGUAGUAUAACUGCCAACAUCAAUAAUUUCACUCAGACUCAAGUUCCAAUAACAUGUGUUGCUCAACAUCCUAGUCAAAAGCAUUUUAUUUUCACUGGUUCUGAAGAAGGAGAUGUUGGCGUUUGGGACAUGAGAACUAACAGCUUAUUAACUACUAUGAGUAGUGGUGAUGCAUCAUCACUUACUGAAAUAGCAUUCCACCCUUUAGAACCGGACCAUUUGUUUACAUGUUCAUUUGGAGGAAGAUUAUUACAAUGGAGUUCUAAAAAAUCUUAUAUGUGUCGUAUUGACCCAGGAGAUAUGGAAUAUUCAAAUUUUUGGGUGAACACAGACAAGGUAAAAACACGAUUGUCAAUCAAUGAUGUAAUACAACCAAUUUAUAUGCCAAUAAACUCAUUGGAUAUACAAAAACAACAACUUAUUUGUGGUGCUGACAAUGAAGCAGUUUACUUUCAACGUAAUCUUAAGCUUUGAAUUUAAAUAUAAUUUAAAAAAACACAUUAUUUAAAAAAAAAAUCAUUAAUUAGUUUAUUUAAGUUUCAAUAUGUUAAUAAAAAUAAAUUAAAUUACUUUUCUUAAAAUUGUGUAGGUUGUUUUUAACAUAGGAAUAUUCAAAUAGUUAAACUU